AUGCCGGCCGCGGAGGUGCAAUCGCCGUGGGCGUCGGCGGGCAGGCGGCCGCACUUCUUCAAGGUGCUUAUCGGCGACUACGAGAAGCGCAUGAAAAUCCCACCAAACUUCUGCAAGCACAUCCCCUGGGAGGCGUCGAGAAAGGCCAAGGGCCUGAAGGAGGCGUCCAUGGCGGCCACCGUGGAGGGCCCCGGCGGCCGGACGUGGCGGGUCGUCAUCCGCCGGACAGCCGAGGGCACCUUCUUCACCUCGGGGUGGCCCCAGUUCGUGCAGGACCAGGCGCUGCGGGCGCUGGAAUUCCUCGUCUUCCGGCACGACGGCGGCACGCGCUUCGCCGCGAUGGUGUUCGACAAGUCGGCGUGCGAGCGGGAGGACCUGCUGCUCGCCGGCGAGGGCCGGCCGAGCAAGAAACGGGGCCGGCCGAAGAAGGCCUCGCGGGCCAGGGAUGAUUCGGGUGGCAGGGAGCUGGUCCCGUACAGUGCGCCUAGCGGCCAGCACCCGCGAGUCCAGUGCUCCAAUUGGACGCCGGAACUCGACCAAUCAACUGACGCGCUUGCAGUUUCUCGACAGAAUUAUCAGAGCUGCAAUCGUCUUGCAGGAUCAGCAGGGCAGUGCAACACGGUGAAGACCGAAAGGUUCCCGACGGGGUUCUCGCGGCAGCACCUGCCGCGGGAGAGGACGGAGGUGACGCUCCGGGACCCCGACGGCAAGGCGUGGUCGGCGCUCUACAUCCCCAACACGAGGGACCGGCUGUCGCGCGGCUGGUGCGCGUUCGCGCGCGGCAACUGCCUCGAGGAAGGGGACUGCUGCGUCUUCGAGCUCGCCGGCGCCGCCGAGUUCCGCGUCCACAUAUUCCGGGUGGUCGAGCCGGCCGUGCCGGCGGUCAGGCUCCGAAUAGCUUGA